CGAAUAUACUCUUUCACUUCUACCCUUAACGCCUUCGCUGCGGCACCCCAUUUCACCGUAUAUAUUUCGAUCGCAUACAACAUCUGGCGCCCGUAGACUGGACACCUGCCAACAUGGCUAGUCGGCAGGCGCGCCCGAGCGGCCUGGAGCCCCGCUCACCAUCUUCCGAAUCCGAUAUAAGCCAACUUGCCAUUCACGAUCUUCCUAGCCCUCGAGUAGGCGAAAUCCCUCCUGCGCUGUCCCCACUGGAUGCCCUCGCCCUGCAAGGACGCCUGCUGGCGAGGAGGUUUGAGCAGGAGAGCAAAGCGGGUCGCCGAAUGAGCCGACUUGCGCCUCUCACAAUACAAAAUGAGUUCGGAAACCGCCCUGGAUACUUCUCCUCGCUGACCAACUCGUCGGUCAACUCGCCAAACGAGGCCCGACCCCCGAUUAGCCCGGGUCGCCCGCCAGUCACCCCACGCUCUCCACGAGAAGUCAACUUGACCGAUAAGCACAAAUCGUUCUACCCACAAAUCGGUGACCCUCAGAAUGACCCGCCUCUCUCUUUCAAGAACAACUUGUCUACCAUUGGGGAGAGCAAUCCUUCUCAACAUCCGCCACACAGCUACUUUGACAUGCCUCCAAGUCGCUCGCCAGAGCCUGCAAUUGGUGUACAAGAGGCCACACCAGUCAGCCCGAAUCACCCCACCUCGCACUCUCAGCCGCUUGCCCGGCAGAAGCAGCCAUCUAUGGAUUCACUCUCGGCUAGGGCGCAUCCCCAGGCUGGCCUGCGUCCCCCGAGAUCCCCAGGGUCCGUGAGAGAUGUUUCCCGAGAUCGUUCCCCUAGGCCUUCUCCGAGCAUGAGGUCAGUGCCGGGAGAUUCCGACGAGUUCGAGGCUAUGUCUAUGGGUGGCUCCUAUGAUUCGUUGCAAGCCAGGGGUAUGUCAUCGAGCUCCAGUAUUUCUAGGGCACAUUCUCCGUACACUCCUUUCAGCAAUCCUACCAUUCCUCGUUCCCCCUCUCUUUCUUCCGAAUUUUCCGCUGGCGGGUCCCAGCUUCCUCGACCGGCUUUCAACUUCUCCCGCCCCAUGAGCAGUGCAGGCAGGCCUUCGUUGGACGUCAGGGCGUCAGAUCUCCCACUACGGCAGGCAUCAGACGAGAGUGCCGUUACGAGACCGUCAUAUGAUAGCCUGGUGCAGCGCCAGGAAGCGAUUGAGAGUCCCAUGCCUAACUAUGGUGGCGAGGUGGUCCAUACGCCAGUUAGCAUGACCAGCGAGGACUUUCGCCGUUCUGGUGAUUUUUCAAACAAUCCUACCUCGACAUACACAUAUUCCAAAUUCAGCCUUCCUCGGGGACGACCGCUGGACCGUCAAUCCAUUGGCAUUGAGGAUUUCCUGAAUAGUCAGAUAACGUGGGACAAGCCUGCCACAAAUGAUGAUCAGCAGCGACCGCCUUCCCCGGAGUCUCCACCUCGGUCAUCUGGGCCGAUAUCCACUCACGUCCCGGCUACUCCGAGAAGAGAUGCUUCCGUUGACCGCAGUGCGCCAUCCCUUACUUCCAGCAAUAGUACAAUCCGUGCUCGGCCAGAGGGAGCGGCUGAGAUUACUGCCCAAGAGCAUUGCGACAAGGGUAUAGCCCUUCACGAGGCCGGCGAUUUCAUGAAGUCUACCUACCAUCUUCGUCUCGCCGCUCGUGCCGGCCUUCCCGAAGCCAUGUUCUGGUAUGGCUUGGCGUGUCGCCACGGCUGGGGUAUGCGUGAGAACAAGGCGGAAGCGCUCCAGUGGCUGCGUAAAGCAGUCGACUCCGGUCAGCUUGAAGUCGCCGACGAUGAGGACCAGAGCAAGCAUGGCCAACCGAUUGACCUUGUGAAGCGCAAGCAGCAUCGCGCCCAAUAUGCAGUCGCCAUCUAUGAGCUUGGUAAAUGUUACGGGAAUGGCUGGGGCGCGCCGCAGGACAAGGCGUUGGCACUACGCUGUUACGAGAUUGCUGGAAACUGGGGUGACGCCGAUGCUUUGGUCGAGGCCGCCUACUGCUAUGCUGAAGGCGUUGGCUGCAAGAAGGAUAUGAAGAAGGCUGCUCGGCUAUAUAGAGCUGCAGGUGCCAAGGGGGUCAGUAUGGUGGGAAACAGCUGGAUAUACAAGGAAAAAUAUAUGGACGAUAGCUCGACCACCUCUGAUGCGCGCUCUGUUCGGUCUGGGCGGUCUGUCAAGAGAGACAACUCGGAAAAGAAGCCCCGCGACAAGAGCCGCACAAGGACGAUUUUCGGCCGCAAGAAGAGCACGGCAUAGGACUCGCUCUUCUGUCUUGUUCCUGAACAUCUACUAGAUCAAUAUGCGCCAACGACAUCUACAUUGCACAUAACUUGUGGCGGCAUAUCGUGGGAUUCGCCUCACUUGAUCCAUACACCUGGCGACGAAGUUCUUG